CUCUCUCUUAUUUUCCCUCCCUCUUUUUCAUCACUCACUUUUCACUCUCCUCCUCACUGAAUAACUUAAAUCUCUCCCCCAUGUCAACAAAACCUGAUUCACUCAGUACCAAAUUGAGUUUUUAAUUAAUUAAAUUCCUUUGCUUUGCUUUCAUCUUUCAAAAUGAACGGCAGUUCCAGCGAAAGCAAGACAAGGGACAUGGACGGGCAGCUGGCGGGGCUGGGCUACAAAGUCCGCUCAUCUGAGCUCUGUCAAGUGGCUGAGAAUAUGGAACGUUUAGAGAACGCCAUCAACACUGUCAACUCAUCCAGGGACAUUUCUCAAGUAGUCUCCGACGCACUCCUCUACGAUCCCUCCAACAUAGGUUUAGGUUCCUGGGUCGACACGCUUCUCUCCGAGCUCGACCAAACCGUCUCGUUGCCCUACGAUCUAUCUUCGGACCUACCCGAUUUGCCCACGGAUCCAAAUCGCCAACUGGGGAUGGUAACCACCGUCGAAGAAGACUCCGGGAUAAGACUCGUUCACACGCUCAUCACGUGUGCGGAUUCCGUGCAACGUGGCGACCUCGCAUUCGCGGGCUCCCUCAUCGAGAGCAUGCAGGCACUGCUAGCUCACGUGAACACCUCCUGCGGCAUCGGGAAGGUCGCCGGCUACUUCAUCGACGCCUUACGCCGCCGAAUCUCGUCUCCGCAAAGCGCAGCGUUUCCAACCUCCCCCUACGAGAACGAAGUUCUCUACCACCACUACUACGAGGCCUGCCCCUACCUAAAGUUCGCGCACUUCACUGCGAACCAGGCGAUCCUUGAAGCGUUCAACGGCCACGACUGCGUCCACGUCAUCGAUUUCAACCUGAUGCAGGGGCUCCAGUGGCCGGCUCUCAUACAAGCGCUAGCACUCCGCCCGGGAGGUCCGCCGUCGCUGAGGCUGACCGGCGUGGGACCUCCCUCGCCGGACGAGCGAGACACACUGCGCGAGAUCGGCGCGCGACUGGCGGAGCUGGCGCACUCGGUGAACGUGCGGUUCACGUUCCGCGGAGUGGCAGCGUGGCGGCUGGAGGACGUGAAGCCAUGGAUGCUGCAGGUGAGUCCGAAGGAGGCGGUGGCAGUGAACUCGAUCAUGCAGCUACACCGCGUGCUUGGUUCGGGAAUCGAUACGGUUCUCGGCUGGAUCCGAAGUCUAAACCCAAAGAUCGUGACGGUUGUGGAGCAGGAAGCGAACCACAACGGGGAAGGGUUUCUGGAGCGGUUCACGGAGGCUCUGCACUACUACUCCACCGUCUUCGACUCGCUGGAAGCAUGUUCGGUGGAGCCGGACAAGGGUCUCGCCGAGAUGUACCUGCAGAGGGAGAUUUGCAACGUGGUGUGCUGUGAGGGACCGGCGCGACUGGAGCGGCACGAGCCGCUGGCGAAAUGGAGGGAGCGGCUGGGCAGAGCCGGAUUCAGGCCCUUGCAUUUGGGCUCGAACGCUUACAAACAAGCGAGCAUGUUGUUGACUCUGUUCUCAGCCGAGGGUUACUGCGUGGAAGAGAAUCAAGGGUGUUUGACUCUGGGUUGGCAUAGCCGGCCCCUGAUUGCGGCUUCAGCUUGGCAAGCCGCGCCGCUAAGAGAGGGUGAAACGGUGCGUUUCCAGCGCUGAUGAUGAGGAGAGGAUGUAACAGAAAAGAGUUGUUUAUUUAUUCUAGUUACUACUACUAGUAAACACAAAAGAGUGGUGAAAAUAAUGUAUAUUUUUGUAUUUUUCUUUCAUUUUCCCA